AAGCUGCGUUUCCUGAUUCCCUUCAUGCAGAAGAUUGCAGCGUGACUCGCGUGUGGAGGAAGUGACAGCUACCGCUACCUCCUCCAUCUCUUCACACAACCGGCUAAAGUGUGAUUCAUUUAUCCUCUGGAAAAUGUCGUGGCUGUUCGGCCUGAACAAGGGGCAGCCGGAGCCGCCUCCCGGUCUCCCGGUCCAGCCACCACCCCCGCCGCCGCCGGCCGGGGGUUCUAGCGGCGGUGGAGAUAAACCCAAGGACAAAUGGAGCAACUUCGAUCCCACCGGGCUGGAGCGGGCUGCCCAGGCGGCCAGGGACCUCGACAAGUCUCGACAUGCCAAAGAAGCUCUGGACCUGGCUCGCAUGCAGGAGCAGACCACUCAGAUGGAGCACCAGAGCAAGAUGAAGGAGUACGAAGCAGCACUCGAGCAGCUCAAGGGCGAGCAAAUACGAAUUCAGGGAGAGGAGAGGAGGAAAACUCUGAAUGAGGAGACCAAGCAGCAUCAAGCGAGAGCUCAGUACCAAGAUAAAUUGGCCAGACAGCGAUAUGAGGACCAACUACGGCAACAGCAAGCCCUGAAUGAGGACAACCUUCGUAAACAGGAGGAGUCCGUACAGAAACAGGAGGCAAUGAGAAAAGCAACGAUAGAGCAUGAGAUGGAGCUGAGGCACAAGAACGAGCUUCUGCGCAUAGAGGCCGAAUCUAAAGCACGAGCUCGUGUGGAGAGAGAGAACGCAGAUAUCAUCCGUGAGCAAAUUCGCCUGAAGGCUGCAGAACACAGGCAAACGGUCCUGGAGUCCAUAAAAACUGCAGGUGCUGUGUUCGGAGAAGGAUUCAGGGCCUUUGUAUCAGACUGGGACAAAGUCACAGCCACGGUAGCAGGACUGACCCUUUUAGCUGUGGGCGUAUACUCAGCCCGAAAUGCAACAGCGGUGGCAGGACGUUACAUCGAGGCCAGGCUUGGGAAGCCGUCCCUUGUGAGAGAGACCUCUCGCUUUACAGUGGGGGAGGCAAUCAAGCAUCCGGUCAAGACUUCCAAACGGCUGAUGAGCAAACCUCAGGAUGCCCUUGAGGGGGUUGUGCUCAGUCCUUCCCUGGAAGAACGUGUGCGUGACAUUGCUAUAGCAACAAGAAACACUAGGCAGAAUAACGGCCUCUACAGGAACAUCCUCAUGUACGGUCCCCCAGGCACAGGCAAAACUCUGUUCGCCAAGAAACUGGCAGUGCAUUCUGGGAUGGACUACGCCAUCAUGACCGGUGGUGAUGUGGCACCCAUGGGCCGUGAUGGUGUGACUGCCAUGCACAAAGUCUUUGACUGGGCCGGCACGAGUCGACGCGGGCUGCUGCUCUUUGUUGACGAAGCUGAUGCAUUUCUCCGGAAGAGAUCCACUGAGAAAAUCAGCGAAGACCUCCGCGCCACCUUGAAUGCAUUCUUGUAUCGCACUGGAGAGCAGAGCAACAAGUUCAUGUUGGUGUUGGCCAGCAACCAGCCAGAGCAGUUUGACUGGGCCAUAAAUGACCGUAUAGAUGAAAUAGUGAAUUUUGCUCUGCCGGGUCCAGAGGAGAGGGAAAGGCUGGUGCGACUGUACUUCGAUAAAUACGUGCUGGAGCCUGCUACUAGUGGAAGGCAGAGGAUGAAGCUGGCACAGUUUGACUAUGGUAAGAAGUGCUCUGAGAUAGCAAAGAGGACUGAAGGCAUGUCUGGAAGAGAGAUCUCCAAGCUUGGUGUGACUUGGCAGGCUGCAGCAUAUUCCUCGGAAGACGGUGUCUUGACUGAGGCUAUGAUUGACGCCCGGGUUGACGAUGCCGUCAAGCAGCACCUACAGAAGAUGGACUGGCUGCACAGGGAACAGGAGGCUCAGACGCUCACACCCAAAACACCUGGGGCCCCAGGCAGUGGCGGCAAAAUGGGCUUCACUCUGCCUGUCCAUGAGGCACCUCAGGCUCAUGAGGUGGUUGCUCCAUAUCUGGAGCUAAGUACGAAGCAAGGGGGUGAAAGUUUACCACCUUCUUCAGACAUCAGCCAAUCAGCCAAUUGUCUGGGAGAAAGAGCAGACAGUUUAUCCCAGGCUCCCUCGGCUGAUGGCGAGGGCAAAGAAGACAAGACUGGAUCCUCGCCUCCGAAGGACGGAACCCCAGUUUGAGGGUUACCUUUGUUCAGUGGGGCUUUCUGGAUUAGAAAGAUUAGUGGCUUGCCCCGUAAGGUAGUUUACUAUAAUAGCCUGUUGGACUGCCUUCAUGACAGUGGAUGGUGACGAUAAAAGAUUAACAUCGCAAAACAAAUGACACCCGGGACUCUGAUUCUAAUAUAUAAUGUAUACAUUGUAAAGGUGUACUACACAUGGAAACCUGAAGGUGCUUCGGUAUUAACGUUAUAUAAAUGUUGUCCACAGUGUCUUUGUUGAAAUGAUUAAAUUCAUUCAUGUUUUUUAAGACUAAA